AUGGAUUUCAGUAUCUUGCAAGUCUUCCAAAAGGACCUCACCUGUUCCAUCUGCAUGAACUACUUCAUAGACCCCGUCACCAUAGACUGUGGGCACAGCUUCUGCAGGCCCUGUUUCUGCCUCAGCUGGCAGGACAUUUCGGAUCUUGCUUGCUGCUCUGAAUGCAAGGGAACAACAUCGCAGAGAGACUUUAAAACAAAUAUUCGUAUAAAGAAACUGGUUCUCCUUGUCAGAAAAGCCAGUCUCCGGCAAUUCCUCAGCUCUGGGGAAAAUAUAUGUAGGCUACACAAGAAGACAAAGCAGAUCUUCUGUGAAGAUGACAGGCGCCUGCUCUGUUCUCACUGCUCUAGCUCUCAGGAGCACAAGGCUCACAGACACUGGUCUGUUGAAGGAGCUGCUGAGGAAUACCAGGAGAAACUCCUGAAGAAAAUGCACUCUUUAUGGGAUAAAUAUUGUGAAAAUGACAGAAACCUGAAUGUGGAAACUAUCACUGUCAGAUCUUGGGAGAAUUAUGUGAAUUUGAGGAGAGAAACAAUCAGUGCUGAGUAUGAGAAGAUGGUUCCAUUUUUCCAUGAGGAGAAGCAACAUCAUUUAGAGAGGCUGCAAAAGGAGGGCAAGGAGAUUUUUCAGCAACUCAAGGAAAGUAAAGCCAGGAUGACUCGCAAGAGGGAGCUUUUGAGAGGAAUGUAUGAAGAACUGAAGGAUAUGUGCCAUAAACCAGAUGUUGAGCUGCUCCUGGAUUUUGGAGACAUAUUGCACAGGAGUGAAACAGUGGAGCUGCACAUGCCCCAACCUAUGAAUCCAGAGCUCAGCACGGGGCCCAUCCCUGGACUGAUUAAAAGGCUCAACUGCUUCAAAGUAAAUAUUACUUUGGAUUGUGACAGAACUAAUAGUCAUGUCUUUGUGUAUGGAGAUUUGAGAAGCAUAAGUGUUGGAUGUGAUCCUCAAGAAGCACCGUGUAUCGCUCCAAGAUCUGAAUGUUUUCUUGCAUGGGGUGCUCAGACUUUUACCUCUGGUAGAUAUUAUUGGGAGAUAGAAGUAGAAGACUCUUGGAAUUGGGCUUUUGGAGUCUGUAAUGAUUAUUGGAAAAAGAAUAACAGGAAUGUCCAGAUAGAUGAGGAGAAGGGACUCUUUCUUCUAGGGUGUGCUAAGGAAGGCAUUCACUACAAUGUCUUUACCACCUCCCCACUAUUAUUGCAAUAUGUGCCAAGGCCUAUUGGCCGAAUAGGAGUAUUUCUGGAUUAUGAGGGUAGAACUGUGAGCUUUGUAGAUGUUGCUCAAAGUUCCCUUAUAUGUAGCAUCCCUUCUUGCUCCUUUUCUCCCUGUCUCAGGCCUAUCUUUUGCUGUAGUCACUUCCAUCCAGAGACAAAUUGA